GCUGCACGGAUGUGACGUUGGGGCGACACCGGAAGCGCAGCAAAUAGGAAGGAAAAAUGGCGAAUCUCGUGGAAGCGACAACAAAUCAGCAGUUUGAAGAUUUCUUAGCCAAAGCUGGAAAAUGCCUAACUGUGGUGCAUUUCCAGGCGGCAUGGGCUCCUCAGUGCGGCCAAAUGAACGAAGUGAUGGCCGUGCUGGCGAAGGAACAUACGCACACCACGUUUGUGAAACUGGAAGCGGAGACGGUCCCGGAGAUGUCGGAGAAGUACGAAAUCGCUUCUGUGCCCACUUUCCUUUUCUUCAAGGGAGGGGAGAAAGUAGACCGCCUGGACGGGGCCCAUGCUCCGGAGCUGACCAAGAAGGUAGAGCGCCUGGCAGUCACCGGUAGUGCUGCUGCAGAUGUGGAAAGUGGCCCUACGGACCUGAACCAGCGGCUCAAGAAGCUGAUUAACGCAGGCCCCUGCAUGCUCUUCAUGAAAGGAUCCUCGCAGGAGCCCCGCUGCGGCUUCAGCCGGCAGAUAGUUGGCCUGCUUAAGGAGCACAAUAUCCAGUUCAGCAGCUUUGACAUCCUGUCCGAUGAGGAGGUCCGACAGGCACUGAAAACCUACUCAAACUGGCCCACCUACCCUCAGCUGUAUGCGAAUGGAGAGUUGGUGGGAGGGCUGGAUAUAGUGAAGGAGCUGGCUGAGUCUGGAGAGCUCGAGAACACCUGUCCAAAGGCUGUCACCCUGGAGCACCGUCUGAAAACCAUCAUCAACCAGAGCCCAGUCAUGCUGUUCAUGAAGGGCAACAAGGAGGCUGCGAAAUGCGGCUUCAGCAGGCAGACACUGGAGAUUAUGAACGACACCGGGGUAGAUUUUAACACAUUUGAUAUUCUGCAGGAUGAAGAGGUGCGUCAGGGGCUCAAGACCUAUUCUAACUGGCCAACCUACCCCCAGCUCUACGUGAAAGGAGAUCUGAUCGGAGGUUUAGACAUACUCAAGGAGCUGAAGGAGAGUGGAGAGCUGGUGUCAGUGCUGAAGGGGGAAUCCUAGAUGGAGUUGCUAUGCCAUCUGCAAGGGGGGAACAACUAGCCACUGCACAUGCCCAGCAUUGGCCCUGUGUCAGUGAUGUAAUAUCACACAGAGGGCCAAAAAAUGAAUGAAUGAAUCAAUUAAUGAAAAAUAAAUAUUAGAUUUAAUAAUCAAAUUGUUUCACAUAUAACCAAAUCUGUUGUAGAAUUUGGAUAAGUUUAAGUUCUACUUAAGGCCCAAACUGAAAGUGCAGUUAAUCAUUAUUGACUUUGGGUUUUCAAAAAAUGUUUAAAGUGAAAGUUAAGCAAUCCCUGUGAUUUUGCAUAAUUGUACAAAUCCCUGUCUGACUUAAGGUAAAUGCACUGAGAACAGCCUACUUUAGAACAUAUUGUCUGCUAUUUGUUUUUAGGUUACAGCUAUCCUUACAGUAUUCAGAUCCUCACACAAGAGUAGAUUUAUAUUUAAUGAAGCAUUAUUCACCCAGCCUCUGACUUUUAUGCCAUCCUGUCCACACUUAUUUUACCUGAAAGAUAAACUAUGUUGAACUACAUCCAAUAUCACUCUGGUUUAAACACUUGGAAUGAACUCUAGGUGGCACAUAAUUAUACUUCAUCAAUACCAUUAUGAAUAAAAGAAUUAAGAAAAACCUUUAA